CUGACGGAUCUCUACCAGGAAAUUCUCCUCGAACACAACCGGCGCCCCCGCAACUUCCGCAAGCUCGAGGACGCCACGCACCACGCGGACGGUUUCAAUCCGCUGUGCGGCGACGAAAUAUCAUUGCAACUGCGCCUGGAAGAGCAAACCGUAGGCGACGUCGGCUUCCAGGGCCACGGGUGCGCCAUCAGUCGGGCUUCGGCGUCCCUUUUGACGCAGGCGGUGAAGGGAGCCUCAGCCUCCGAUGCCAUCGCCAUGUUCGACGAAUUUCACCGGAUGAUGACGGAGCCGAACGCCGAAUUGAACUACGACCUGCUGGGUGAUUUGGAGAUUCUAGCCGGUGUGAUCGCGUAUCCCACGCGAAUCAAAUGCGCGAUCCUCGCCUGGCACACCCUGAAAGCAGCAAUGGACGGCGAGGACAUCGCCACCACCGAGUAG